GUGUUUGUCUCGUGUCGCAGAGUCGAGCCUCAUUUGGUGCCAUUUGCUGCUGCCCAUGGCCAUUUACAACUUGCUGGACGUGCUCCGAUGUGUCGACCCCCAGGAGGAAGCAGUGGGGGUGGUGGACUAUCCCAGACCAAUUCAAGUCAAAGUGGAUGACUUCGGAGUUGAAUGUGGACGAGGAGAUCACAGCCUUUGGACCAUCCUUGCCAUCGGAGGCAUCGUUCUUUAUGGCAUCGGGGUGCCUGCCGGCAUGGCCACCAUGAUCCAGGGCUUGUUCACGCAGGACAGUUGGAAGUCCCAUAGAGCCUUCGGAUACAUUAUCGACGGUUCAAGUAGCGACUACCUCUACAUCCAGAUUAUCAUCAUGUUCCUCAUGGUUUUCAGCUUGGUCUUGGCGAACAUGCAUUUCAUCCCCAUGAUCUUCCGAGUGACUUGGCUCCUCUCUCUGUACUGCCUGUACAGCUUGUUCGUCAGUGAUGUGGUGCCGUUUGAUGCCCGAGACAAGACCGUGCUGCUGAAACUGGAGCUUUGGAGUAUGCUAGGCCAAAUGGUCUUACUGGCAGGCUUCUUGUUGAAGUCUGGAGCGGUAGUCUUGCUGAACUCAAUGCCUGGAGGAGUUGUGGAGAUUCCGUGGGUUUUCGCGCACGCGCUCUUCCUUUUCGCCGUUUUGAAUAACCUGUUCAACAACGUCGUCCUGAAGAGAAUUCGGUAUUGCACCUCGGUGAAGGACCUGACUUUGCCAGAGCAGUUCCUGUAUGACGUGCUGGGUGUAGAGGAAGACAAGGCCCGAAGAUUUGACUCCAAAGAGAAAACACUUGAGCUGUAA